UGAAGGGGGCGGGGGGGCCUCUUGGUUCUGUCCUUUCCCCCACGCCUCGUUCCCCAGGGAAGGGAGACCCCGAGACGCUCGGUACUUGCCCACGGCUUUGCUUCCACCGGGGCUCUGGGAUGGCCGCGCGGGGCGCAGGGGGCAGCGAUCCAAGCGGCCGCUGGGUCUAGGCUGUCGCUCCAUGUGCGGGGAGAGCGCGGUGUUCGGGUACCCCAGCGAGCUGCCACUGCCGCAGCCCGAAAGGAAUGUCCCCUGUUGUUAAGGACCCUGACUGUUUUACACCAAUGAUUUGCCACUGCAAAGUUGCUUGCACCAACAACACUUUGUCGUUGAUGUUUGGAUGCAAGAAGUAUCGGUAUCAAGAUGAGGACGCUCCACAUGAUCAUUCCUUACCUCGACUAACCCAUGAAGUAAGAGGCCCAGAACUCGUGCAUGUAUCAGAAAAGAACCUCUCUCAGAUAGAAAACGUCCAUGGAUACGUCUUACAGUCUCAUAUUUCUCCUCUGAAGGUCAGUUAUAUUACUCUUCAGACUUUAUAG